CCUAUGGUCACACAUCGCUGAAUUCCUAGUACCAGCAGCGUACAGAAAUUGCUUUCCUUUGCAUUAUUGAUUUGAUCGUUUUGAUCCAAAUGAUUUGGUCCAUGGUAGAGUUGUUUCUUUGGAAAUGAUUACAUUAGACUUUCAUAUAUAUUUCAUAUUCUAUUCUACUAAGGAUACACACACAUAAAGCUAGAUGUUCAGUUUUUGUAAUUCACUUUAGGAGUUUCAAGGAAUAAUGCGUCUCCAAAUUACAGACUGUAAACCGUGUCUCGUACUUCGGUAUCGAGGUAUUUUCACUAUAACUCCAAGACGAUUUAGGUCAUAUGGAUGUUUAAUUGCUGUGAUUCUCUUUGUUAAUAUAAUUCUUUUAACCAUUGUUAUUGAGCGUAAAUACUUCUCUGCUGUGGAGGAAAUACGAACAGGAAAGAGAAAUUUAAAAACAAAUGAACACGUUGAAACUCAAGACAUCCUUGACAAAGACAAAAGGUCAAACAAAGACGUUUUCACUCAGCACGAAAGUUGGCAAACAGCGUGUAGCUACAGAACUACUUCCUACUUCAACGACAAAGUGAUUGUCUUAGAUCAAGCUCCAUUUGUUGAUUAUACUAAACAAAUGGUAUGUCUUGAAAAUGGCAAUAUAGCAUCAUUUGCUGAUCGCUUUGUCCUCUUUAAAAAUGCUCUGUUACAUCCUACACAAUUAAGAAACUAUAGAAAGGGCGGCGAAAAAAUAGAAGAUGUUUGGGAUCAGAAGGAGCAAGACGAAUAUUUUGACCUACUCCCUGGUUAUUUUAGUGUACUUUGCACUAUGGCGCCUUCAUUCAAGUUUGAAUCUCCUGAUCAUCUUAUUUAUUGGCAAAAUGCACUAUCGUGCUAUACAUUCAAUAAAACAAAUGUGUAUAAAUUCCACCAAGUGUCUGGAUUAACUAUAGCAAUUCAAAGAUAUGAAUAUGUUAACCUCUAUCAUACUAUGACUGAUUUCUAUAAUGCGUUUGUUCUAAUGUUAAUUUUCGGACAAUCUUCAGCCAAAGUAAAUAUUUUGUUUGUAGAUGCCCAUCCUGUUGGAACAUUAGAUGAAGUCUGGUCGACAUUGUUUAGUAAAUACAUUCGAGCCGGCAGACUUACAAACACAACAUUUUUUUCCAGUUUAGUCUGGGGAAUGUUAGGUUACUUUAGUCCUUUAAAUAGUCACGAACUUCUCCAAGUACCAUAUCUAACAGAGUUUAGAGAGUUUGUUUUAAGUAAACAUUAUAUAUCAGCUUCUCACGUGAUCAACUGCCAGAACAUAAAUGUCGUUAUAAUCUGGCGCAGAGAUUAUGUAGCUCACCCACGGAACAAGCAAGGUCAAGUGGUCAGAAAAUUUGAUAAUGAGCAUGAAAUAGUCCAACAAGUAACAAAGUGGUUACCUUCAAAAAGUAAUGUUACAGGCAUACAGCUGGACUCCAUGCAUAUGAAAGAUCAACUUGAAAUCAUUGCUCAGUGCGACAUUUUAAUUGGUAUGCAUGGGGCAGGCUUAUCUCAUAUACUAUUUCUACCUUCUUCUAGUGGAGUUAUAGAAUUUAAGCCUAGUUACUCAAAUCCAUCUUUGCGUCAUUUUGAAGCUAUGGCCAGAUGGCGAAAAAUUCCCUAUUCUAUUUGGAUUAAUAAUGAUCCAUCCAAUGAGAGACAAUUUUAUAGGACUUAUAUACCUGCUGAUGUCAUAGAGAGUGAAGUAAAAUCAAUGUAUAGCAAAAUCUGUCAUCGGCGAAGUUUUUAACAAAAUGUUUGUUUUUAAUACAACGAUGAUUUUAAUACUUAUGUUGUUUCAAAUCUCGCUUCUCCUACGAAUGAAUGGGCUUUGAACUAAUUUUUAGAAUGAAGAAAAUGUAUUUUUAGAAAAGUCUCCUUCAUUCUCACUAUUAUUUUUUAAACUGUUGACAACUUACUAUGGCGAAAAUCCACAGAUACACAUUAUAUAUAUAUAUAUAUAUUACCUCCAACCCCUAUGUGUGGCCAGAUCGCGCGCUAACUGGAUGUUCAUUUCGCGAAAUGGUCGAAGCGUGUGGCCAAUACCCGAUGUACUCGAAAUUAAACGUGUUUAUUCUACUUUGGCCGAUCACCUCUCGAAAUGCAAGGCCAAUACCCAAUAUGUUGAUUUAAGACUGCCCGGUAAGCAGUGUAGCAGUAGAUUCCUUUGUAAUAUCGGUUGGCUUGGCUGUGACAAUAAUUUUCAGCUUGUCUGUUGCUUUUGUUUUCAGAAAAUGUUCUGCCUCUAUUCACCUCUGUGAUUUCUUGUUAUUACUUUGACAGCGGUUUCAUGGUAUUAUUCCUCGACUUGUGCAAAGCAGAAGGUUUUGUCACUUAAUGUUUGAGGCACGUUAUAUAUGUUCUUGAUUUAGUAUGGAUUUUAAAAAAAAUACAUAUCUAUGUUUUUUAUGUUUUUCCUUUUCUGUUGAAAUGAUUUUUGUGAAGAACAAUUACUGUUUUUUGUCCAUUAGAUUUGGAAUUAAAGUUGAUUUUGUGUAGUCAUUAACAUCAUAACGCUGUUUCAUAUUGUCCAAAACAAAACAACGAUGGACAAGGCACAAAGAAUGGUUGAUUUUAUUUAUGAUAUCGCCAACAAAAUAAAAUUGAAAUCUUAUCUUAACCCUG